AUGCCGCCUCCCACAAUGAUUACGCCCGAGGCGAUUCUCGGACGCGCCGAAGAACUCGUCGCCAUUGGCCAGCUAUUCACUGCGUCAGCGGUCCUGCAUGAGUAUCUCGGUAGCAACGAAGCCCUCAAUGCUCCGGCUAUAUCACUCAAGCCGCUUGUCUUGCUUUCCAGUUCACUCGCCGAUCUCAAGAGCAGAAGAAAGGCACAGCCCAACACGGUUGACCGUACCCAAUCUCACUCUCACCAUUUUUCGGGUCACGCCUUAUCUCAAUCAAAUCAGGACACACAUCAGCUAAUGGAGAGCGACAACUCGUUAGCCAUGAAACACUCCAACCCGGAAACGUUACGAGAAGUGUCUAGCAAGGGCGUGAAAAGUCAUGAGUCCGAAGGGCCACAUAUUUUGGACGACGUACCCAACGCUUUCGACGAAAUGAUGCAGGUUGAUCACGCUACCACAUCGACUUCGGCAGGGCAAUGGAGGCCGCCUGGAAGCGAACAGAAUCAGGAUCAAACAAAGCUCAGCCUCGACGACAUGCCGCGAGAGAUCUUGCUUGCAAUACUCGACCAACUCAUCCCUGAGACAGUUGAGAUCAGGUCCACGUACGACUGCGGGAAGUGGCAAGUCCAGUACCUUCACAUGCCGUUCCCCGAGCUGUGUCUGGUGUCCAAGACUAUCGCAAGCGCCACGCGACAAGUCAUGUGCGCGAGACGUCCUACGCUGCGGCUUGACAUUCCUCCAACAUUUCUGGGAUUCGACCAGACCUUGGGCUUUGGUCCAAUGGGUUUCAACCACCUUAUUCCGCCACUGCUCCGGAUCCCAGAGUACUUAGCCAGUGAAGUCCGCCUGCGCAACCUACAGGAGCAGAUCUGUCGUACGCUGUCAAAAAUAGAAAGGGAUCGAUAUGACUGGCCGAGGCUAUAUCCUUGGGCUUACAUAUCGAUGGCGAUUUCUUGGGAUGGAUAUGACAACGUCAUCUGCAGCAAAGAAUGCUGGGUCUGGAUCAUUGCAAUCAGCAAGAGAAUUAUCGAAGAACGCGAAAGAGAACGUCGCGAAAGAGAACGUCGCGAAAUAGAACGCCUGCGGGAACUGGCGCGCAACAGCAUCGAGACUCUGCCCGACGUCGACUAA